AUGGCGGAUAACAAGGAAGGGGGCACCGUGAAGAAAGGUCACGACGAAGGAAUGAAAGUGGCGGUGGGUCUUUUGAAAGAGAUGGAGCUGCCGGAGGGGCUUCUGCCUCUGGCCAACGUCGUGGAAGUGGGGUUCGUGAGAGAGACCGGGUACAUGUGGAUCGUGCAGCAGAAGAAAGUGGAGCACGAGUUCAAGAUGAUCAGCAAGCUGGUGAGCUACGACAGCGAGAUCAACGGGUUCGUGGAGAAGAAACGGAUCAAGAAGCUCAAGGGAGUGAAGGCCAAAGAACUGAUGUUGUGGCCACCGGUGAACGAGAUCACGGUGGACGAUAAACAACCAGGGAAGAUCCAUUUCAAGAGUCUUGCUGGGAUUACCAAGACCUUCCCCGUUCAGGCUUUUGCUGCGGGGCAGUGA